AUGAAGUUGUUCAUAACGCACGGCGGGCUGAUGAGUGUAUGGGAGUCGAUAUCGGCCGGUGUGCCGCUGCUGGGUAUCCCGGUGUUCGGCGACCAGAACGCCGACCUGGCCAGGGCGGAGGCCGAUGGCUUCGGAAUGAAACUUAGGGUCAGCGAGCUGACUGAGGAGUCCUUCAGGAGGGCUGUCAAUAAACUCCUGACCGAACCCAAGUACAAACAAAAUGCGGAGAAAUGUUCCGUCCUGUUCCAUGACCGGCCAGAGAAGCUGACGGAGACGGCGGUGCACUGGAUGGAGUACGUGAUACGGCACAAGGGCACGUACCACACGAGGUCUGCCUCGCUGGACCUGGCGUGGUACCAGUACCUGCUGCUCAACAUCAUCGCGGCGCUGGUGGUGCUACUGGGGGCGCUGCUGCUGCUCGUGGCACUCGCUGUCAGAGCUCUGUACAGGGCCACCAGGGCGGCUCUGUGGUCGCAGCCGGUGGGCGAGAACAGGCCCAAGUGGGACUAG